ACUCGCCAACGGUUAGUUCAGAUUGGGACGUCGUGGAGCAAGGAUCGGCAAGCUAGUAGUUGGGUUGUCCCACCACCGUGAGGAGUUUUAUUUUGGACCAAACUUUUCCAGUGAGUGCGUGCGUGAAACGACGCGAAACGCGGACGGAAAGGUGGCAGUGCGUGAAAUUCACGGAUUUAACGGAAGGGGGUGGCGUUUAGACACGGUCAAGCAAUUGGGACACGAACUGUCCAACGGGAGUGAUGUGUUGUCGUCCCGCUGUAGGUGGUGCCGACGUGUAUUUUUUGUAGAGUGGUGCGCUAUUGAUUUUUCGUUGAGCAGUGGGAGCCAAAGCAGCAGCAGCACCAGAGUGUGAAUUAAAUAUUUAUGAAUGGAGUAACGUUAUCUAACGGCACACCGCUAGAGUGAAUUGAGGCCGUUGAAAAAAAAGGACUCUUUGAAGAGGAGCAAAGUGAAUGAGUGUGUGCGGGAUUCCGCGAAAGCACAAAUAAAGUUUCGGUUUGGUGUGAGUUUUGUGUGUGGGAGUGCACGGUGGAAAGGAUUCGAAUAAUCAACUUGUGGAUUUGUGCAGCACGUGUGAUUCUGGGGAAUGAAUAGUGCACUCGCUGGCCAUUUGCGCUAAUCACUUAUUCAAAGCGUGCCGGGAACAUCCCGACUCUAUCCACCCAACAGGAAUAUUGGAUUAGAGAGCUGGUGUGAUUCGACCCUUUUUUGCGACAAUUACGAAAGCAAAUUUAUUGGAUUGCUUGUCAGUUCGGAAAACGCACAUUUUCCGGCAUUCCACGUGUGUGUGUAUCCUCCUUGUUGGGUUCCCACUCCCCCGGGGGGAGAUUCGGAAUUCCGGUGCGGUAGAAUCGAUUAUUUACUUAUUUAUCCCGGUCGGAAGCCACGGCAGAGCAGCAGCAGCACCGGAUGCGGAUAUUUAUUGGAAUAAUUGCGGCAACUUGACGUGAAUUGUUAUUGGUGAAAACGAAACACAGAGAGGAGGAGGAGGAAAAAAAUCGCGCGCGCAAAAAUAACACAGAGCUUAAGGGGGAAAACGUGACACGCCAAGGGUACGCGUGUGUUGAAAGCACAAAUCAGCGUAGGACCGGGCAGUAUUUAUGAACCAGAGGCGAAUUUUUGGUUAUAAUUGAAAAUUUAUUGGGCUCCAGGACCCCCCUCAAACCAUAAGUUACCGUUCUGCGGCCGACACGAAAUCCGGAAGAGUUACGCGCGAGUUUGCUGGUUUCCCAACCAGAAAAUUUCGGUUUUUCAAGAAAACAGCAAAUCGAUAAAUCACCCAAAAUGGUGUACUUAUUGCCGGGGGUCGCGAUUAUCCUCGGAUUAACAUCGCUGGUGAGCUGUAGCGCCCUCGGGGUGCCACCUUCCACGGUGAACCAGCCAGUCAACGGUGAGCUGGAGGAAGCCCCGACCCCGGUCCUUUCGCUCGAGGAUCAGGUGCGGCUGUUGACGAAGCAGUUGAACGCCCUCACCAACCAGCGCCGCGAGGAUUACAAGAGCCUCGAGAACAACCUGAAAAAGUACGUGCGCAAGAACUCGGCCCAGCUGACGGGCGCGGAGAUACGCGAGGAGCUGGACGCGCUGAGAGCCGAUAUCAAAGUGCUGCGCGAGGGCAGCUCGCCGAACAAGGACCGGCUGACGGUGCAGUGGCUGUCGCAGUCGAUAUCGGAAAUCCGGUCCGAGCUGGCCGAGCUGCAGGAGUCGUCCAGCAACGUGUCCAAGGACGCCCAGCUGCGGAACCAACUGACGGAGGACAUCACCGGGCUGCGGGCGGACUUUGCCACGCUCCGGCUGGAGCUGGAGUCGCUGCGCUCGCGGCAGGACAAAACCGAGGUGCUGGUGCGGGAACUGCGCGAGGAGGCCGUCCAGAGCGCCCAGGACAUCCGCCGCAGCUGGAACCGGCUGCACGAGAAGAACGCCAACGACCAGGUGCCCCAGACUAUAGACUUUGUGGAACCGGAAGCGGAUCACCGGAUGCGUCACCAUCGCUUUUUCCGCGAGCAGCUGCACGAACUGGAGGUCAAACAGUCCGCGAUGAAGCGCCAGUUGAGUGAGAUCUUCAACCACCGGAUGGCGGACCGUCUGCGCAGUCUCGAAAUCGAACAGCGCCGUCUAGCGAACGCCAACUUCAACAUUAGCCGCCAGGUUGCGAACCUGGACAAACUGCACGGCUCGAUGCUCGAGCUGCUCGAGGACGUCGAGGGCAUCCAGGGCAAGUUCGAGAAGACCCUGCCCGACAUCAAGCGCGAAAUCUCCAAGGUGGAGUUCAACGCGGCCCAGCUGUCCUCCGAGCAGGCCCUGCUCCGCGAGGAGGGACACAACGUGGCCAAGAGCAUCCAGGCGAUGGCCGUUAGCGUGAGUACGCUGCAGGAGGAGCGCGAAUCGGCCCGCAAGCUGGAGGAGCAGAUUGCGGUGAUGCGCAGCGAUCUGGACAAGAUCAAGUCGGCGGCCCUGCUGCACAAGGAGAUGGCGCACCACAGGCUCGAAAAGCUGGAGGCGGAAUCUCGCACCGAUUUCAACGCCUCGUCCCGGCUGUCGGAGCUGCAGCGCACCUCCCGGCUGGUGCAACAGUUGGAGCACGUCGAGGCCGAGUACGAGACCAUCAUUAGCAAGCUGCCCCGCGACUGCACCCAGGUCGAGCAGAUGAAGGUUCACGGCGGUGAGGGUGAGGUCGAGGGGACGGGUCAGAGUGGCGAGAGUAACCUGUACCUGAUUGCCCCCGUUGGUCAGCACCAUCCGCUGAUGACCCAGUGCGAAAACGAGUGGACCACGAUCCAGCGGCGCCAGGACGGGUCGGUUGACUUUAAUCGGUCCUGGGAGGAUUACGCGAACGGGUUUGGGACGCCGGCCGGGGAGUUUUGGAUCGGCAAUGAGGCGUUGCACCAUCUUACCAACGACAACUGCUCGACGCUUCGGAUUGUGAUGCAGGACAUCUACGACAAUACCUGGUUUGCGGAUUACGAGGCGUUCCGGAUUGGGACUCGGGAGGAUGGCUUCCGGCUCGAGCUGGCCGGUUACAAGGGGAACGCGUCCGAUGCCUUCGAGUACCAGAACCACAUGCAGUUCUCCGCCAUCGACGUUGACCGGGACAUCUCGAACACCCACUGUGCCGGUAACUACGAGGGAGGCUGGUGGUUCUCCCACUGCCAGCAUGCCAACCUGAACGGACGGUACAAUCUGGGGCUUACGUGGUUCGAUGCCUCCCGGAACGAGUGGAUAGCGGUCAAGUCCAGCCACAUGAUGAUUGCCCGACGAAGGUCGGACUGCCUGGCCGGGGAACACUUUGGUGCUGCCAGCAGUCAGUCGGCGGACAGUCCGGUGGGUGCGGAACCAUUUUCCUCUGCCCCAACGGCGACGAUAUCCAAGUAUGAGACCACCCUGUUGACCACAUUAUCGUCCGGUUCGGCCUCUCCUGCAUCCUCCGAGUCGGGCUACGCCGGCGUCUAGGACUUUGAUGGCUAAACGUUGGAAUGUAAAAUAGCCAUAGAAGAGUAUGUGCUUUGAUUCUUCCCUUCGGUUUGUACAUUCUUACCGUGUAGAGACGAGAAAGAACUAAUGAUUUUAUCCGCAGGAACCACACGUGAAUGUAUGUUUGAGAGUGUGUGUAAGUGCAUGUACAGAAGUAGGGAUAGCAUCAUAUCAGAGUAACGUUAGCCAUGUCUAGCCCGAACAGCGGGAGAACCCUUCCGCUUGAGGUCAGCUUACCUCGUAGGUCAGCAAUUAGCAGGAACACCCCCCCUCUCCAACCCCACAAUUUGCCGGGACCAAACCGUUGGUUCUAAUUGAUUCCUGUUCCCUCGGCAGACUAUGUUUGCAAAAACUAAUCUCCUCUAAACGACACACACUCAUGGAUUAGUCGUCGGAAACAAACUUAUGCGCAACAUUAGGGGGUUGGUUGUCACCGUUCGUUUCAUCCUCUAAUGACGCAUUACAACUGGAUUGGCACACAACGUAUACAUAUUUUAAACUGCCAUCAAAACAGAUUAUAAUGCCCCCCUCCCCGCUGACAGAAAAGGACGUAAUCUCUUCUCUUUCAUCCGUCAAAGCUGACAGAAUUUGAGCUCGUUAGCUGAUAUGGCCACUACUGCCAGGGGGGCUUUUGUGUAUUAUUGGAAUCUUAAUAGUUUUUUUUUAUUGAAAAGAUAAAAUUAAGCUAAUUUUCUAUUUAUUUUUAUCCAACAUAUAUAUUAUCCAGUCAAUCUAUUUCCCACAAUUCAACUAUUGAAAUGUUUAAAUAAUUUUGCAAAUAUGUCUCUGAGCAAAAUUGAUUGAGAAAAACAACAAAGUCAUUUUUCUGAAUGAUGGACAAAUUUUUACCAUUUUUUGAUUGAUUUUAAUAAACCAAAGUUGUUUUUAUUAUGUAUAAAAUGUGUCUUAUUCAAUUUCAUGCUCUUGAACUCAUCAUUCCUUCCAAUAAAACAAAUCUAAAAAAACAACCUUGACUUUUCCAAGUGUUUGUCAAAUUACAAAAGGUUCUAUUUUGCCCCCAAACACCCAACAGCAUCAGAAAAGGCAGCAAAAAAUAAAGCCCAAGGAGGGGCAGGGGGAUUUAUUUGGGUUGAUUACCUUUUUAUGGCUAUUUUAUCCUUGUUUCCAAAAUUUACCGAGGAAAUUUCGGCCACCCAACAAGGAGAAGGACGUUGACGAUCCGACGGGCUCCGCUGUUGUUGUGCGUAGGUGCUUUUAAUGGUACGACCGUCUGUUUCCUACCCCCCGGAAUUCAGGAGUGAGCGUUGAUGAAGUUGUAAUUUGUGCUACUCAGCCAAGACAAACGAGGGAGGCACGCACACAUAUGAGGGAGAAAAACAGUGUUUGUACAAUGUAAUGACUCGGAAAAAAUAAUUUUAUUUCUCAAUUAAGCUUAUUUUAUAUUUAUGUUCUCGAGCUAGUCUUAUUACAAAAAUAUCUUGAAAUUCAAAAUUAUUUUGACAAUAUCAAGCCCGUUGAUAACUCUAAUAAACAACUAAUAAAACAGUCAAUAAGUCUCAAUUGCUGCGCAAAGGUGAGUUUUCCAAAACUCCACACACAGGAAAUAUAAUGUUUUAAAAUAUCACAACCAAUACCAAAGAACGUUACAUCAGCAUCAACAGGUCAAACCAGAUUUUUUUCCAAAAAAAGAAACUUCGUUUACUGCUUGUGCAUGUUGUGUAAAAAAUUGGAUAUAACACAUAUAAGAAAAUACAACUGAAGGACUGAAUUAUAUCUUUAUGUAAACCACAGGAAAAAAAUAUCUGUCUGAAUGGUAGUACGUGCAUCCACAUAUCAAAAGACGUUGCAUUCCAAGCUGUAAAUACGAAUCAAUAAUAUAAAAACAUUCUUUCAAUGCAAAUGAUGCGAUGAAACUGGUUUAAGUAUACUUGACAAACUAUAAGUUGGUGAAAUAACAAAUCAAAAUGCACUAAGGAUUUCGUUGAAAUUGGUCAUAUUUAAUUUAGUUUAAAAAAUCUCCGGAAGAGGUUAUCAUUUUGAGCGUAAUUUCAGUAAUCUAAUUUAAGAAACGCGCCGUAGAAACUAUAAAACGAAAAUACAUAUAAAAAGCUAUAAACUACCCGUAGAUAGUCCGGAAGACUCUCAACUCUCAGUCAUGAUUUUGUAAAUAGUUUUAAGUAUUCCUCAGCCUGUACGUUUAGAGAUAUCGUCAGUUGUGUGCUAUCUUGUGACAACGACCAUUUAGUACUUUUCGAGAAAAUCGAUUUUUAAAGUUUGUUGGUAAAUAAUUUCAAAAUUAUGAAUGAUAGUGCCAAAAUUUUUGAAGCAAUCGGUUCGUAUACUAUCGCUUAACAAACGCUCCAAGUUUCAACUAAUUUGGUUACACCAGUUAAGAGAUACAGUAAAUAAUGUAAACAAAAAUCUGAAAAGCACGUGUCACAAGUGUGUUUCGAAAGUAAAAUUGUACUACGUGUCACAAGUGUGCACAGAAUUCCCAUACAAACUAAAAUAGGCUUAAAUCAAUAGUUUAACCGACUUAAUCAGUAUAUUUUCAAAAACAAAAGGUUGCAUUGCCUUUAGAAAGUAUGUGUGUACAUAAAUUUGUGAAAAACAAGAAAAAUUUUCCACAUUUUCCAACAACAUGUAUGACGUGUCACAAGUGUGCACGAUCAUUUUGAUGAUAAACUGGUCUAUGUCACAAGUGUGUAUUGCGAUAUCCGGGAAACGGAAGCGAGUUUCCAAAAUCGGGUUAAAGCAUCUUGUAGUGUUUGUUAAGUAUAGCAAAACGUCAUCAUUAACUCAUUUUCGACCAAAAUGGUCUAUGUCACAAGAUAGCACACAGCUGACGAUAUAGCAAAAUCGCGAGUCAAUCUGUACGAAAGGAGGAAUUUAGUUGGUAACUUGAAGUGAAACAAAUGAAGCGAGAAUUUAUCCACACAGAGAUUUAGAGAUUGGUUCCACAAACCGUGUUUGACGAUUGAAUAAGUUUUAAUGAAAUGAUAAAAUGCUGUAACAAUAAAUUAUAUUUAAAUUUUAUAAAAAAAUAA